CUCUUCUUUCUUUUUGCCCUCGUCUUUAGUACCCUGAAAAAAAAAAAAAAAAACCUUUUCCGUUAUUCUAUUUCUAUUUUCUCCUUCUAGGGUUCCGUUUCACCGCCACCAUGGCCGAAGUCAUAAACAUGCCGGUCGAUUCCCUCGAGCGCCGCGGCGGUGGCGACCGUAAAGACAAUAACAACAACAGACAGCCUCCGACAACUGACGAUCCCAAUUCCUCUCCCCCACCGCCGCCUCUGUCUCGACGCCGCGACCGAGACUCGCGUGAGGUACGGGACCGUGACUACUACGAUCGCAACCGCUCUCCUCCACCUCCACUUCCCAGAGAGAGAGAUUAUAAGCGCCGCAGUAGCAUUAGCCCUCCGCCACCGCCGUUGAAUUACAGGGAUAGAAGACACUCCCCUCCGCUGCGGAGGUCACCGCCUUAUAAGAGGUCUAGGCGUGAGGAUGGAGGCUACGAAGGGAGGAGAGGGAGCCCUAGAGGAGGAUUUGGACCUGGAGAUAGAAGGUUUGGGUAUGACUAUGGUGGUGGAUAUGAUCGUGAGAUGAUGGGGAGGCCCGGCUACCCUGAAGAAAGGCCUCAUGGCCGGUACUUUGGUCGCUCUUCCAGUGGCUAUCAGGAUUGGGAUUCUGGCCGUGGCGGUUAUGGUGAUGCUUCCAAUUCAGGGAGUACUCAAAGAGAAGGAUUGAUGUCAUACAAGCAAUUCAUUCAAGAGCUUGAGGAUGAUAUACUUCCGGCUGAAGCUGAGCGCAGGUACCAAGAAUACAAGUCAGAGUAUAUAUCUACCCAAAAACGAGCCUUUUUUGAUGCUCACAAGGAUGAGGAAUGGCUGAGAGACAAAUAUCAUCCAACAAACUUGGUCACUGUCAUUGAAAGGAGGAACGAGCUUGCACGCAAAGUUGCAAAGGACUUUUUGCUUGAUCUGCAGAGUGGAACACUGGACUUAAAUCCUGGUGUCAAUGCCUUAUCAUCAAAUAAGUCAGAACAGACCAGUGAUCCUAAUUCUGAAGAUGAAGCAGACAUUGGUGGCAAAAGAAGGCGGCAUGGUAGGGGACCUGCAAAAGAAACUGAUCUUUCUGUGGCUCCGAAGGCUCAUCCAGUCAGUUCUGAUCCCAGAAGAAUUCAGAUUGACAUUGAACAAGCACAGAGCCUUGUACAUAAACUGGAUUCUGAAAAAGGAAUCGAGGAAAAUAUUUUAAGUAGGUCCAACAAUGACAAAAUAAAUAGAGAUAAAUCUCAUGGUAGUUUGAGCGGCCCUGUGAUUAUUGUACGCGGCUUGACUUCUGUGAAGGGCCUGGAAGGUGUUGAGCUUCUGGAUACUCUUAUAACUUACUUGUGGCGUGUCCAUGGCUUGGAUUAUUAUGGAAUGAUUGAAACAAGUGAAGCUAAGGGUCUUAGACACGUGAGAGCAGAGGGAAAGAGUUCUGAUGUGACUACUAAUGGAUCUGAGUGGGAAAAGAAACUUGACUCAUGCUGGCAAGAAAGAUUGAGGGGUCAAGAUCCUUUGGAAUUAAUGACUGCUAAGGACAAAAUAGAUGCUGCUGCUGUUGAAGCUUUGGAUCCUUUUGUCCGGAAGAUUAGGGAUGAAAAGUAUGGUUGGAAGUAUGGUUGUGGUGCUAAGGGUUGCACAAAGCUCUUUCAUGCUGCAGAAUUUGUGCACAAGCAUCUUAAACUCAAACAUCCGGAACUUGUGAUGGAGCUAACAUCUAAAGUGCGUGAAGAGCUUUAUUUCCAGAAUUACAUGAAUGAUCCAGAUGCGCCUGGUGGGACGCCUGUUAUGCAGCAACCUGUACUGAAGGACAAGCCCCAGAGACGUAAAAUAUUGGAAAAUCGCUUGAAAGAUGAACGUGGCUCACGUAGAGAGCGGGAUAAUCGAGUAAAUGGUAGUGAUAGAUAUGAUAGGUCUGAGAACCCUCAAUCAAGUGAUUUUCCAUCCAACAAUGAUGGUCCUGAUGGGGGAAAUGAUCCAAUGUUUGAUGCUUUUGGUGGACAAGGGAUGCGUGUUGCAGCUCCAUUUUCUUCAGAAAUUGCACCUCCGCCAGUAUUGAUGCCUGUUCCUGGUGCUGGUCCAUUAGGGCCAUUCGUUCCUGCUCCACCUGAACUUGCAAUGCAGGUGUUCAGAGAGCAGAGUGGUCCUCCUUUCGAAGCCAACAGUAGAAGUGGACGUCCUGGACCUAAUUUAAGUGGACCAGCGCCCUUUCUUUUGCCUCCUGGCUUCCGACAGGAUCCUCGGCGUUUACGAAGAGUCGCCUUUUUCUUAUGGUUUGGGAAGAGAGAGAAAUACUAUGUUAUGUACGCCUCUUCUCAGAUAAUAGUAUGCGAAUCAAUUCUGAGUUAUCAAGACCUAGAUGCACCUGAGGAUGAAGUCACUGUUAUAGACUACAGGAGUUUGUAGUUAUUAGAAAUGGAGGGAUGACAAGACUAAAAUGUAUCUGAUGGAGACAGAAAGCUAUUCAUCAAACAGUCCAAGGUGAAAUGCCCCUCUAUUUGAGAAGCAUUGACCUUGUUCCAUUUGGUUGAAACAUGAAAAUUCUUAAAUCUUGCUGGGUGCACAUUAGCUGCGUCUCCUUGUGAUUAAGAUUUUUCUCUUGCUAUGAUUUCACUAAAAAGUGUGUAAUUGCUGCGAACUGUCUUCUACAUUUUUGGGCCCUCUUUAACAAAUUUGUAUCUGCAGUUCAAAGGACCUUUAGUGGAUAGGUUUCAGAUAACUGCUUAUUUGUUUUGAUCUUCCUAGUGUUAUAAAGAGCUGAUCAUUUUAUAAUUUGAUAAUAAAAUGCUUCCUGCUUUUGUGA